AUGAAAAAUGCAGUUUGGGUGGAUGCCCGAGAUGGUGAAAUCCCACCAUAUGCUUUUGAAGGCGGUCAAGAACGCAAUCGACGUGUUUAUGUGGCGCGUAUCGAAUUAGUAGGCAAUCAGAUCCCAGGUAAACUCGUUGAAAGAAGUAAAGUAGCUGAAGCUGAAUAUCAUGGACCUCAGUCACAACCUACUUACCAGAUAUUGACUAAUCCAAGUUCGAAAAGAAGAUUUAAAUGGGUUCCAACAUGUCAUACUAGCGUUCCAGCAUGUGCUUUACGAGCAGGCAGGGAAGGAGAGAUUGAUCUUUACGUAGGUCGAAUUUCUACUUAUUCUGACAUGAUUUUUGUUGGCAAAUACAAUGCACCUAAUGGCCCACUUUAUUACUUGGAUCAAAGAGUAAAAAAAGAAGCAAAUACAAGUGUCGAAAUACUUUGUACUGUUUAA